AUGGCAUGCGUUGUGCCAUCUGCUGACCUGGCUGCUGAAGUGUCGGGCUCCCUCACAGGCUCGGAUAGAUGUAGGAGGGCUGCUCGGGCAGGAACCCACUUUUCAGAUGCUCUGGUUAUUCCCAGCGAGCUUUCUGCCUCACUUCGCGGUGCAGUGGUGCUGCUCGGCGGCGGGGUCGGGGUCCGGGCUAUGAAUGGGGCUGGGCACCGGGCCGACCUGGGGCCCCGGGCCCGGGCUGGGGCUGGGGCCGGGGCUAGGGCUGGCGCCUGGCUCGCGUCGCCCCUGCCCACUUGCCGCUCUCUGGCCGACAGCGUGAGCCUGAUCGAGUGCGGCCCGGUGCACACGCCCUUCAUGCAGAAGGUGUUGGGCGGCCCCGGCUGGAUGCUGGACCGCACGGACACCCGGACCCGCCGCCUCUUCCACCAAUACCUCCAGCACAACAAAGAGAUCUUCCGCGAGGCCGCGCAGCACCCGGAGGAGGUGGUGGAGGUCUUCCUCACCGCUCUGCGCGCGCCGAAGCCGGCCCUGCGCUACUUCACCACCGAGCGCUUCCUGCCCCUGCAGCAGAUGCGCCUGGACGACCCCAGCGGCUCCAGUUACGUCGCCGCCAUGCACCGCAAUGUGUUCCCCAAAGAGCCCGCAGAGGCCGAGGCCGGGGCCGGGGCCGGUGGGGUGGGGGACCCUGAGCUCGGCCGUGCUCUGGCCACCCCUUAGUAGAGGCUCCCUCAGCCGCUGUCUUGCACCCUCCUUUGUCUCUUGGGUCUGUGUGGUCCCUAGGGAUAAGGCAGCAGUGGCGGCUGUGAAUGGCAAAUUAAGACCGAUCGCCUUAGCCCGGUAUACCUGCGCGACUAUGUGCGAUGGCUGUCGCCUGUAAUCACAGCACUUUGGGAUGUGGAGGCAGGAGGAUUGCUUGAGCCCAGGAGUUCGAGACCAGCCUGAGCAACAUAGUGAGACCCUUAUUUCUACAAAAAUGACCACUGUGGCAUCAUUCCUUGAGCUCAGGAGUUGAAGGCUGCAGGGAGCAUGAUCGGGCCACUGUACUCCAGCCUUGGCGGCAGAGUGAGACCUGUCAGUCCAUCAAUCAAAUCAACCAACUAACCAACGGACCAAGUCAGAAACUGAGGUCCAGAAAGAAGGCAGCCCAGGGUCAACCCUCAAGUCCAUAGCAAAGUCCAGACAUAGCCUGUGGAUACCCAAAGGGCAUCUGCAGGAGGAGUUAGGUGGGACUUGGGUUGGGUAGAGUCAGGUUGUGACUUGGACCCCAUUAGCCAGAAGAACUCAGUCAGGCACGUUCCUUGCUUUCUCUGAGUCUUUUCUUUCUUUCUUUUUUUUUUUUGAGUCAGAGUGUCACUCUUGUUGCCCAGGCUGUAGUGCAAUGGUGUGAUCAGGGCUCAUUACAACCUCUGCCUCCCUGGUUCAAGCAAUUCUCCUGCCUCAGCCUCCCGAGUAGCUGGCAUUACAGGCACUUGUCACCAUGCUUAGCUAAUUUUUGUAUUUUUAGUAGAGAUGGGGUUUCAUCAUGUUGGCCUGACUGGUCUUCAACUCCUGACCUCAGGUGAUCCACCAGCCUCAGCCUCCCAAAGUGCUGGGAUUACAGGCAUGAGCCACCAUACCUGGGCCAUCGACUCUACUUCUGUGUAGCUCUGGGCAGCCUAUUUAAUUGCUCUAUGCCUCAGUUUCCUCAUCUGUACAAUGAAGGUAAUAAUACAGAUCCAUAUACCCUUAUCUAACAGUGUUGAGGCAGUUAUGUUUUGGAAUUCAAAAUAUUUCAGAUUUUAGAAAGGUAUUAUGGUAUAUAUAAUAUAGGUUAAAUAAAAUUCCAGUGGGA